CCUACUGCCACCCCUACCAUCAAAACCAUCCUUUUUCAAUUUGGUUUUUCUUCUGUGCGAAUUCAAAAUUUCGUUUGUGUUUCUAUUUCCGCAUCUAAACUAUGCAUUGUGUUUAGAUAUGACAGAUCUGUGAACCUUUCGUUUGUGUAUGUAAUGAAGGACCCGUGGAUUCAGAUUCGUGACCUUCAGGGACCAGCAGGCAAUGAAGGACGCGAUCGAAGGGAUUAACGGCCAGAAUCUCGACGGUCGUAACAUCACCGUCAACGAGGCUCAGUCCCGGUCUGGUGGCGGUGGUUUCAGGAAUGGUGGACCACGCGAAGGCGGCGGCGGCGACGGAUACAGCCGUGUAACGGUGGCUACGACGGCGGUGGAUACGGUGGUGUUCGGGACCGCAGUUAUGGCGGUGGUGGUUACGGAGGCGGCGGUGAUGGCGAUUCCCGCUACUCUUCCAGGGGCGGUGAUGCCUCGGACGGAAACUGGAGGAGCUAGAUGGCGGGAUUUAUAGAUUAGGGGAAAUGUGGAAGGUGUCAUGUUUUUUGGAUUACUGUCUUAGUUGCUUACUUGCUUGUCCAAGUUAUGGUUCUUGUUCAAUCUGCGUUCGUCAUAUUGGGGUUUUUUUACGUUGUGUCUGAUUAGAGGUGGUAAUUUCAAUCCAAUCCACCAAUCUAAUCCAUCAAUCCAUUAAAAAUAUCCACUUAAU